CCUGCCAUGCUGUUCGCUCAGAGAGAGAGAGAGAGAGAGAGAGAGAGAGAAGGAAUAUCACCUGCCAUGCUGUUCGCUCAGAGAGAGUGAGUGAGUGAGAGAGAGAGAGAGAGAGAGAGAGAGAAAGAGAGAGAGAGGGAAUAUCACCUGCCAUGCUGUUCGCUCAGAGAGAGUGAGUGAGUGAGAGAAAGAGAGAGAGAGGGAAUAUCACCUGCCAUGCUGUUCGCUCAGAGAGAGAGAGUGAGUGAGUGAGAGAGAGAGAGAGAGAGAGAGAGAGAGGGAAUAUCACCUGCCAUGCUGUUCGCUCAGAGAGAGUGAGUGAGUGAGAGAGAGAGAGAGAGAGAGAGGGAAUAUCACCUGCCAUGCUGUUCGCUCAGAGAGAGUGAGUGAGUGAGAGAGUGAGAGAGAGAGGGAAUAUCACCUGCCAUGCUGUUCGCUCAGACACAGAGCCAGGGCUGAUUUCAGUGCGUCGCCGCAGAGAGAAGUUGCUGCUGUUCCUCCUCAGGUCUGUCCUGUUUUGAAGGCAUGGAGGUGUGGAUGUGUAGAGAAGGAGACGCCGGGCUGAAGAGGCAUUGUGGGAUUGAGGAGCAGAAAUGGACGCUUCCGCUUUAUCACAGGACAGUGAGAAGUUAACCUCUUCCAGGCCUAGACAAAGACACAGAGUCUCACUUCACGGUCUGUGUCUUGCAGUCAGCCUGGGGAGAAACAAGGCAUCGGCUGUUGCACACUGACCAAAGUCAAGAAAAAAGUGUGCUUUGUGAAUGCUUCCUAUUCAGACACAUCUCCCACAGCCCUACAGAGCCUGACACCAAAGGAUACUGCUUCACUCUGGAUCAGACUGUGAACCCAGACGGCCUUGAUGUUUGGCAGGAAUCAACCCGGAAGGGUGGAGCUCUAUUUGCUUUUUUCAAAGAUUUAUAUUAACUGUUCACAAAACCAAGAGGAUAUUUAAUCAAGGUGGAAAGCACAGGUGUUGCUCUCUGCCCCAUUCCUGACAUCUGUGGCUUUCCAAUCUCUUCACUAAAAAAAACAUGUCGGAGCUAGACGACUUCCCUCCUCCUCCUCGAGGUGCCCACCAAGCCGAUCCCUCCCGUAUUCAGCAGGACAUCCUGGAGGAGCAGGUGGAGCUGUGGUGGUUCAGCGAGCCACGGAAGUCUCUGCUGUGUUACAGCGCCUCUGUGGCCUUGGUGGUGGGCUGCGGGGUGGGUGGCGUCGGCCUGCUGUCCAGCACCACCAGCCUGUCGAGCGAGUGGCGUCUGGGUGCGGGCACGGCACUGUGCAUGCUGGCGUUAGCCGUGGUGCUCAAGCAGCUGCUCAGCUCAGCCGUGCAGGACAUGAACUGCGUGCGCACCCGGCAGCGCAUAGACGUUCUGAAAAGCGGAGGCUUGUCUGACGUGCUGGUCGUGCUCCUCACUGGACUUUCCUUGCUCAUCUGCGGAGCUGUGCUGCUCAGUGUGGCUCUGGGAUACCACAUGCCCAAACCGGGCCAGGCGCUCAAUGAUAUGUUUAUAUCAGGAGUGGUGUUGUUGGCAGGUGGAGGGUUCACGGUGGUGGCUGUCACCAUUUACUCGGUUGUGGUUUUCCUCUUGGCGAGGAUAAGACCUGAGCGGAGCUUGAGAGACAGAAUGCUUGGAAUUUUCACUGUAUCGGGGCAGAUGCGUGCUCGGCGGGAGACAGCGUCAAGCCUGGCACAACUCAUAUGACUGUGGAAUUCUAUAUAUUAUAUAUAUACGGCUUGGACAAAAAGACAGAAUCUAUACAGAAAUUGGGCUGUUAAAUGUUUUAUUUUCCUCAGAAACUACACUCCAGAAGAGGUGAUCAAUAAAGAAGCACAGCCACUAGCGAACAUUUUGCACAGAUUGAUUGAUGAAUGUAUAAAACUACAGCAAUGAUGGUACAAAACACAUACUGUAUUAUCUUUCUUUUAUUAUGUAUAUAUGUACUGGUCUCACUGUGCUCUGAAAACAUGGGUAAGACCACAUUUAUGGGCCUUACUCCCAAACCCAAAGCCUUUUAUCGUUAUGCACCAUCAAGUUUUACACAGACCAAUGAAAUAAUGAAUUAUUUUUUAGAUAAAACAUGUUGGCUUCUCACAGCACAACCGUCGCCUUCCAAACAUGUUAAUGAGCUUCACCAAACAUCAAUUCACCAUCUGUGGGGAAUUGACUGUGUGUCCUUCACACGUUUAUUUAUGUGGGCGAAGAGGCGUGUCCCAAAUGGAGAUCCAUCUGGACCUUGCUUGUCAGAGCUGUUUAAUGUGUGUUAGAACGUAUCAGCCGUGUCAGUUUGCAUGUUUGUGAUUUUAUACCGUGACCUCUCUCUGGCUCGGCGAGAGCAGUACACACUGUCGAUCAAAUAAAACCAGCUCUCCACUCAUAAAGAGAGUGAAGACACUGAUUGUAUCUGAUUGUAUUUUAAAUUACAGCUGUUUAUUAUUAUCAUUCUGCACUUCCAUCGACAAGUCAUUUAAUAUACCAUAAGCACAUUUAUAACCCUAAAAGUAAAACUUUAUUGCAUAAAGUAACUCUUGAUUAAUCUGGAGGGCUGAUUAAAGAGUGUUCAGAAUUUAGAUUGUGUGUAUGUGCAAAAAAAAAAAAUCGUUUUCUAAAUCAAAAUGUAAUAUGCCAUUGCAUUAUGAGAAUGUCAUUACAUCAUAUGGCUUAAUUUAGAGGGAUCGAGUGUGAACUGAAAUUUACCAACAUAUUUUAUUUGAAAAAACAAAUAAAUUAUAGUUAAAUAUGAAGAAUUCUCAAGAAUUACUCAUGUUCAAUGUUAGUAUCAUUAUUAAUAUGAUAUACAGUGUUGAAUGUUUAGGGAUUAUUAAAAUAAAUUCAUUUUAAUUGUUUCAAUAAAAAAAAUCCUUGUUUUCUCUAGAAAUGUUUUGUUAUUUUUAAAAUGCAUGGAUGAUUAUUAUAAAUGUACGUGUAAGGCUGGCUGUAUUGGAAUCUGCUCACAAGUCCAUGUUUUAAAAAAUGAAAAACAAACAAACAAACAAACAAAUAAAUAAAUAAAUAAAAUAUAUGUUGGUGGAAGUAAAAAAGUGAAACAACAUAUAUGACAUUUCUCUCAAAUUGAAUACUUGUACAUGAAGUAUAAAAUACUCACCGUCCACUCCAACAGGAACACCUGUACACCUGUUCAUGCAUUUAUCUAAUCAUUCAAUCAUGUGGCAGCAGCACAACGCAUACACUCAUGCAGAUAGAGCUUCAGUUAAUGUUCACAUCAAACAUCAGAAUGGGGAGCAUUGUGAUCUCUGUGUAAACUAGAGACUGUCUUGUGUGAAACUCCCAGUAGAUCAACAGUUUCUGAAAUACUCAAACCAGCCCAUCUGGCACCAAAAUCCAUGCCACAGUUAAAGUCAGCGAUCACACAUUUUCCCCAUUCUGAUGCUUGAUGUGAACAUUAACUGAAGGUCUUGACCUGUAUCUGUAUGAUUUUAUGCAAUGUGCUGCUGUCACAUGAUUGAAUGAUUGGAAAAAUGAGCAGGUCUGCAGGUGUUCCUAUUAAAGUGGACGGUCAGUGUAUUUUGCCUAUUUUAUGUCAGAGUUAUUAUUGGUGUCUAAAUGAAGCAAUAAUUUCAAAAAUCUUUACCAAAACCUGCAAAUGAUGUAAUAAAUGAUCACUACUACAUGAUACUUGAUUUUAUUACAUUUUACUCAUUCAUGUAUUUACGUUAUUAUGAGUUUUACCUUUAAAAAUGCCAAUCAGGAGACAAUGAGGCCAUGAGGCUUGGUUGUGAUUUGGUUGAAGCAGCUGAAAGUGAGACCUUUGCACUUUCUUUAUAAGCAUGAACACUUUAGGGGAACAUGAAUUACAUGUAAAUAAAUGAUAAAAGCAGUCCUUUGAUGUUUUGUAGUCCUGUUAAAAACUCAAGUUGGAAAUCAAUAGCCAUACGCGGAAUAGACCAGUCGUAUACU